ACUUUCCUGCUGGUAUAAAUGAGAUUUGCAGAUAAAUAGUGCGGAAGGCGGUGUUCUUUUUACUCGAAUAGCUUCUGGAUCUCUCGGACACUUCUUUGCACAAUGGCUGCUUUCAACGAACUCGUCGACGAAAUUACCUAUGGCUUAGGGGUUUACACAUGCUUCUACUCAUUCAUAGGACACGGGCCUUGCAGAAACAAAACUCACCAUCAAUUAGAUGCGCAGUCAAUACUUGACGCUAUCUCCGACGUACCUGAGGAACCAGUCAUUCGCCAAUGGCUUUGCGGUCAGCAUCAGAAUCUAGGCGUUAUCUACAUGCUACGCGAAAGGGUGCAACUUUGGAAAAUCGAUCAAGAGUAUACUGAUGCUUCUGGUGCUGAAGUACUGCCAUCGGUUGAGAACACAGACACUGCCACUAGUCAUCAUCCACGACGCCCUAGUCCCUCGCCAAUAAAAGCAAAUUCCGAUCACAACUUGUUGCAAUCGACCAGAGCAGAAUCAGAAAGAGUGUCACCACCGACUCGAUAUGUGAGCCGGAGUAGCAGACCAAAGCCCUCUCGUAGCUCUCUUGGCGCAUCUUUCAAAGACACGACAAGAACUCAAACGACGCUUGACCCCGGCACACCCCCUCGAAGAGCAAGAUCUACCAGUCAAACUAGCAUACCGCCAACGUCUCCAUUCUCACAAGGCUCUUCACUUAUUCCAAAUACCCAACCUGGGACGGCCAUAUUCCCCGGAUCACCAUCUCCAACCCUUCCACCACCUCCGAAUACAAGGGUAUACCAACUACCGCAAUCAUCGAGCCGCAAACGCCCCCGAUGGAACUCUACGACCAAUCCACCGAACUCGCAGCAGAAGGAAAACCCAUUUGAGAUACCACACGCUCAGUCGUCCGUCAGUGAACCGCACUUGCCAUUGCGAGAGAACACCACUCUCCCAACGGAGCGCUCAUCCCAUGGCGGGGAUUCAGAACAAUCGCAAAAUAGGUCUUCGAACAAGGGUCGGAGGGAGGUCUCAACCAUUCAAGGACCUUUGGACAUUCAGUCGUCAACGGUAAACGCCCUAACGAGACCGCGCACCACUGCACCACAACUGCCAGGAGGAUUUAACUUAUCCGACAGUGAGGCCGAGCCAAUAGAACGACCUCUUUCGGCAGCCGUCAAUGUCACUAUCACUAGGUCCGAUGUAGAGUCUAUCGAGACUGCCGCAGAGAUGAGCGACUUACCUAGCUCUACCAUUUUCAACGCAAUUCAAUCUGCUAGUGAUCGAUCAGAUGACGCCUCCGACUCCGAGGAAUCUAGACCUACAGAAUCCAGAGACGAUACCCCCGAAGUGGCCAGCAAUCUUACCCUCUCUCCUUUUACUCCCACCAAAAGGCCAAGAGGUAGACCACGGAAAGCCACAUCAACAGAAGCGCCUGUGACACCAAGCGAAAAGUCUCCUAAGCAACCAGCAGUCCCCAAGACCUUCAGCCCCCGCAUUAUCGACGACUACAUUAUAAGCACUCUCGGCAGACCCCUCCCCGCUCCCAAACCCGACAAAGGGUUCGUCUACAUCAUGCGCGAUCCGCUUAUUCCUGGGCUCUUUAAAAUUGGCAUGACAAAAGGCACCAUCACUGAUCGCCGCCGGGGCCUCGAAGCAAUCUGCAGGCGCCCCCUCGAUGUCGUGUACCUUGAUGAUGAAGGCGGCAGGGAGCAGCUUCCGAUUGCAAACUAUCAGCGCGCGGAGAAGCUAGUGCACGACGAGCUUGGUCAUUGUUUGAGGCCGUUUGUGUGCCCCGAAUGCGGGAGGAAACAUCGGGAGUGGUUUGAAGUGGACAAAGAAGUGGCGAAGCGCACGGUGAGGAGGUGGACUGAGUUUAUGAGGAAGCAGCCCUAUGACGGGCAAGGAUUGCUGGGUGUAAUGUGGAAUCGAAGGUUAGAUGCGAUGGCGAGACCAAAAAGUGGGGAGAAGUUGGAGGACUAUGAGAUUCGAGCGAAGAGAUGGAAUUCGUUCAUUUCGGCUGGCCAAAAGGACUUCAUCAAGGAUUAUAUGCGGAGGGCAUUUUUUGGAACCCUGAAGCCCCGGAAUGAGAGCUUGGCUUACAGGUUGGUACGCAUGAGAUGGCAGCUUUCGUGCUUGGUUCUCAGUUUCGCAAUGUUCUCCUUGAUGGUUCUUGGCAAACAAGCACCGAACAUUUUUCUUUUCGGCAUGGAUUUCUUCUUGUAUUCAUCCAUGGGUGUCCUCGUUUUGGCGGGGACAUGUUUGUUAUUCCACAAUCUCACGACCUGAAGGUAGUGAGUUCAUUAUGGUUCUCUAGUAUCGGAAUUUUCUUCUUCCUACCCAGUUCUCUCGGUGCAUAUAUAUUGCAGCCCACCCAGGCAUUCAUAAUAUUACCUGUAGCGGAAAUAUCAACCAUU